UGCUCUGGGACGGGUGUGUGCGCGCGCGUGUGUAAAACCUUAUAGAGGGCGCGCAUGCCGCGCGCAGGGCAGAGGGAGGCUGGAUACCCUGGACAGCGCAUCGCUUCGCUCCUCCGGCCCCGAGCUCCAGAGACGCGGCCAGACAUGGAGCAGCUAACAGCCUUUGAUAAUGAAGUCAAUGCUUUUUUGGACAACAUGUUUGGACCUCGAGAUGCUCGGGUCAGAGGAUGGCUCAUGUUGGACUCCUACCUUCCUACUUUUUUCCUUACUGUAAUAUAUCUACUUUCCAUAUGGUUGGGUAACAAGUAUAUGAAGAACAGGCCUGCACUUUCUCUCAGGGGUAUCCUCAUUUUCUAUAACCUUGGAAUCACACUACUCUCUCUAUAUAUGCUUGUAGAGCUCAUUCUUGCCACUUGGGAAGGAGGCUACAACUUACAGUGUCAGAAUCUUGUCAGUGCAGGAGAAGCGGAUAUCCGGGUAGCUAAAGUUCUGUGGUGGUACUACUUCUCCAAACUGAUAGAAUUCAUGGACACAAUUUUCUUUGUUCUGAGGAAGAAAACCAGUCAGAUUACUUUUCUUCAUGUGUACCAUCAUACUUCAAUGUUUAACAUCUGGUGGUGUGUUCUGAACUGGAUACCAUGUGGACAAAGUUUUUUUGGACCAACACUGAACAGUUUUAUCCACAUUUUAAUGUAUUCCUACUAUGGACUUUCGGUGAUACCAUCCAUGCACAAGUAUCUGUGGUGGAAGAAAUACCUUACGCAGGCACAAUUGAUCCAGUUUGUGCUGACCAUAUCACAUACCCUGAGUGCAGUUGUGAUACCUUGUGGCUUUCCUUUUGGCUGUCUCAUCUUCCAGUCUUCCUACAUGCUCACAUUAGUCAUCUUGUUUUUAAAUUUUUAUGAUCAGACAUACCGGAAAAAGCCUCUACAACAAGAUAUGAAAGAGAAUCUUCCAGGGAAAGAAGUCACAAAUGGUUUUCCCAAAGUUCAUUUCACUGCAGCUAACGGAAUUGGGGACAAGAAAGCACAGUGAAAAUAGGAAAGAGAACAGCACACAAUGGAGCCUAAGAAAUUCUUUUAUUUUAAAACAAAAACUGAGUUGAAACAGUUCUUUAAGUUUUAGUGCAAACUGACAUCUGUUGUUUAUAAAUAAUUUGUACCAAAAAUUAUUAUUAAUUAAUUGCUAGUAGGUUUAACAUAUUUACUAAAUGCUUUGGUCAAAGGUUAACCACUGAGAUGAUGCUAGAAAUUUUAGAUCUCAACAUUAUUAAUGUAAAAACCUCCCAAAUGCCCUCCCAUCCCCAUGUUUCUUUUUAUGAUGCCUUAUACACAGUUUCCCAAGUAAACCCAAAGAACAUUAAGUAUUUUCAUCAUAAGCCUUUAAGUUAAAAAAAAAGUUAAGGUUUUGUUCAGGUUAAAAUGUUUAGAUUACAAUGUUAGUUAUCUUCUAGGCUACAUAUAGGAGGCGCUAAACAGCGUUCAGAGUAGUCAAUUCAUCCGGCUCAAUAAGGCAUAAAUCUCUAGAAAUCAUUUAAAAGGGAAGGUGAAAUGAGGAAAGAAAGGGAUAAAGCAGAUUGUCUUUCUUUCCAAAGCCACAAUCUACUUUGUCUCACAUUCUCUAAUUACUUCUUCCAGAAAGAAUCUUAGUGAACUAGUGAUAGAAUAUGCUUUUUUUUUUAAUUUUGAAAAUUAGCUUUGCUAAAAGAGAAAACAUGCACUGCCAAAUCCUCAUAACCACAGAGACUUUGGCUAGGAAUCUGACUCUUCAGAAAUCCACCGACUCCUUGUCCUUUUAAAAUACCAUCUUCAUAUCAGGCCUCUUCGUGGGUUAAGCCUUUGGUUUAGUUAAGAAGCAGGGGAACUGCCUGCUUAGUACCAAAAGUAUCCUCUGCUUCUGCUUGUCCACUCUUCCUAUCUCUAUGCAAUGACUAGAGUCCAACCUUCUCUUCUGCUGGGUUGUAUGCAUCACUGACACUUGUUCUGAAAUCAAUUAACUCAGCAAUGGAGACAAGACAAAUGGAAUUUUUAUGGUGCUUAUUUUGGACCUAGUCAGAGACAUGGCAAUAGUUUCUUUAUACCACCCUUUGAAAGUUAUUUACAUUCUUCAACCUAGGAAGGAAGAAGUGGGCCAUAGGAUGUACUGGUAACAAAGAAUUCCCAUGGAAAAUAGUGGAAUAGUAAUGAGACACUGACAAAGGCCAGCUUAGCAAAUGAAAGCUCUGUGCUGGCACUGCUAUAUUUAAUGGGGGCCAACCUUAAAAGAAGAAGAAAGCCCUAAUGAGAAUUCCCCUCUUUCCCUGAGGGAAUCUUGAGAUUUAAUUUAAUGCUGUGAUACUGUCCUGAGAUUAGGAAUAAGAGAAUGUCAUCUGAAUAUUUGAGAGAGAUUAAUUUCUAACCUGCAGAACUAGAAUGGGCAGCUUUGUAACUUCAUCCUUUCACCUACACUUGGGCUUACUGUAGAUGUUUCUCAUUUUUAUAUCUUUCAGAAAUGCUUUUCAACUCAUCUUGUUGGCAUCAGUUGCCACAGAAAAGCUUUUUUUUUUUUAUGGUGAGGCAGUUGGGGUUAAGUUACUUGCCCAAAGUCACAU